UGGCCGCGACAACUGAUCGCGCGCUUCCCAAAGACUGUGCCGCAUCGCCUGUGAUAUACGACCAGUGAAAAGUUCAUGAACUGGGUGUUGAAUUUGUUUGAACUAUCACGUGAGGCAGACUUGUCUCAGAUCCCUUUACCAACUGUCCCUAUACACAGAUAGACGGCGGUGGUUAGUGGACAGCUUUUGGGGAGCUUAAGAUCGUUGCCACAACUCGUCGGAAAAUGCGGUUAUUACUUAGUUUAGUAGUGGUGAUUUGUGCUGUCGAUGCAGCCAAAAGGUUCGAAGGAACUUUGAGAUCAGCAGCCGAUGCUCCUCCUCAAGACAACCUGGCUGUUGAGUCAGGAGCACCUGAACCUGCUAUCGUUGCUGCACCUCAAGAAUACACUAACCCUGGCGCAACACUUCCUGAAACCCUGAAAAAUGCUGAAGAAAUAGAAGAAGAAAAAGAACAAGAUAUAGAGCCACCAGCAUCCGCUCCGGAAACCGCGUCCGGUGGAGUUCCUCCGUCAGCGCCUAGUGGUAUUUCUGCUCCCUCGGCACCCGCCAAUUCUCUCGAAGAAUGUGAUCCGGAGAAAAUUGGAUUCGAACUGGUCACUGGAUAUGUAUUCUCUGCGCCAUCACAUAUUCUCGACGACAUCCCCGGCACACUUAUGUUGACUGAUUGUUUAGAGCAGUGUCAAGCUAACGACACUUGUCGCGCCGUCAACUACGAAACUGGUCUAUGCGUGCUCUUCAGCUCUGACGCCGAUCAAUUGCCCGGAGCUUUGACAAAAUCCCAGUUUCCGGUAUUCACGAUCUACGCUCAGAAAUCGUGUCUGGGAGUGAAGCCGUGUGAACGAGCUUGGUGUUUCGAUCGCGUUCGCGGAUACAAUCUCAAGGGAUUCGGCAAGAGAACGCAUACCGUUGAAUCCAGACAAAUGUGCCUCGAUCUUUGUCUAGGAGAAAAUGAAUUCGUUUGCAGAUCGGCGAACUAUAACAACAAAACAGGUGAAUGCGUUCUGUCGAACAUGGAUCGUAUCACUUUAGCUGGAACCAGCGCUUUCCAACCAAACGAGGAUGUUGACUACUUGGAGAACAAUUGUGUGGAGGAGCCUACAAAGCUUUGCGAGUUUAAAAAGAUGAACGGACGCAUUCUCAAGACGGUGGACUCGGUGUAUCAGGAUGUCCAAACGAUCGAGGAAUGUCGUGAAUUGUGUCUCAAUUCGCCUUUCCGUUGCCAUUCUUAUGAUCACGGGGACACGGGAGAUCAUGUGUGCCGUCUUUCCCACCAUUCAAAAGCCACGCUCGCUGAUAUCCAGGAUCCCUACUUGGAAGUACCCGAAGCUGCCACUUAUGAACUUUCUUCGUGCUACAAUGUAUCCAUUGACUGUCGGGCAGGUGACAUGGUAGCUCGAAUUCAGACAUCUAAAUUGUUCGAUGGAAAAAUUUAUGCAAAGGGAAGUCCCAAUUCAUGCGUUGUCGAUGUUAAACAAAGUCUGGAAUUCGAACUUCAUAUGGAAUAUAAUAAUAUCGAUUGCAAUGUUAAGCAAAAUGGACUUGGAAGAUAUCUGAAUGACGUCGUUAUUCAACAUCAUGACACUAUCGUUACUUCUUCUGAUCUUGGUUUAGCGGUAACUUGUCAAUAUGACUUGACCAACAAGACUGUAGCUAAUGAAGUCGACCUCGGAAUUCAGGGUGAGAUCCAGACAGGAUUAACAGAGGAAGUUAUUGUGGACUCACCUAACGUAGCCAUGAGAAUUACUGAUAGAAGUGGAGACGACACUAUUGUUUCUGCUGAAGUUGGAGAUCCAUUGGCACUUCGUUUCGAAAUCAUGGAUCAAAACUCACCAUUCGAAAUUUUUGUUCGAGAACUUGUCGCAAUGGAUGGCGUCGACUCCAGUGAAAUUACUCUCAUCGAUAGCUAUGGUUGCCCAACUGAUCAUUUUAUCAUGGGACCCCUCUAUAAAUCUACUGCAAGCGGAAAGACCCUGCUUUCACACUUUGAUGCGUUUAAGUUCCCAUCAUCAGAAGUAGUACAAUUCCGCGCCUUAGUGACACCCUGUAUGCCGACUUGCGAACCCGUUCAAUGUGACGGAGGUCCAAAUGAAUUGCGCACAGUUUCAUCAUAUGGACGUAGGAAGAGACGUUCGACAACUCCCACUGACGAUAUGCUUCUCGUCCAGACUAUUCAAAUCACCGACAAGUUCGGUUUCGACAAACAGAAAGCAAAGAACGUCACCGAAGACAGCGUUUACAUCAGAGAGAGCGAUGCUACGUGUGUUAAUGCUGCUGGUGCUUUAUUGGCUGGAGCGGCAUUCAUUGCCGUACAGUUAGUGGUAUUGGCUGCAUGGACCUGCAGUUGGCAGCGCCGACGAGCAGCUGCUAAAGCUGAGCUCCUGCCUGGACCAAACCCUAAUUCACUCUGCAAAGUCUAUGAUGCCGGUUUCUCCCGCGCCCAGAGGCACUUCUGAUUAGCUUAGAUUCAGUAUGAAGCAAUAGUAGCGUAGUAGUGGUUUUAGCCUGAGAUUUAAAUCUAUAGCUAUUACUACUUUAUCGAAGGCAUGGACUCGGAGGCGGGGACGACAAGGAGCGUGAUCGAAUGUGGAUGAAUGAUCGAUAUUAAGUCAUUUGUGUUUGACUUUAGAGUGAGUGUUGUGAGCUUUGAGUGGAACUCGCUUGUCCCCGUCUCCGUAGUCAAAUCGGGUUUGGUCGUGAUCAAGUCGCUUUUACUAUACGCGUCUUCGUCCGCGUAUUGUACCAUAAUUUAGUUUAAGCCGGAAUAAUUAAUAGUGAUAAGUGGAAAUCGAAUAUUUCGUACCUUUAAAGUAGAUUACAGAUUUUGCGACCUAAGUCAAUCAACUAAAUAUUACGACCAUCCCGAAUCGUAAUUUAUUGAUUUAGAUUUUAGAAUAAUUAUUUUUGUGUAAUUUAUGUUUUGAGUACGAAUUAAAUAUAUAAAUUCUUAAUUAAAAAUAGAUGCUUAUGACUAAAAUUUGCUACGUCUAUUGAAACUAUAAUAUUGAGCUAGUGCCUUAUAAUGUAUGUGUUAGUAAACUUUUAUAUUAACUAAUUUAAUCCGUCCAAAUUGCCAAUUACCUGCAAUAAAGUAAAAAAAGUA